GAGAAUCCGAUGUUGGGCUCGGCUGCCUGGCUGAACACGGCAGAUCAGCCCAUGAAAAGGCCUGUUCCCAGCCAAAGGAAGGAGUCCAGCGAGAGGCAGCACCUACUCUUUCAGGCUUGGAAGCAAGAAAGGGGGCAAGAAUUGGAGGGUGUGGGAUCUGAGAAGACGACUGAAAGGUGACAUUUAAGUUGAAGAUGGGCGGUGGAGAAAGAUUCAACAUUCCGGUUCCCCAGUCUAGAAAUACCACCCAGAACCAUCAACAACUUAAAACCAGGCAGAAGAGCAAAGACCAGAACGCGCAGAUGAAGAGCUGCAUGAAGAAGGAGAGGGCGCGCGGAGGCAGCUCGCCCACUGGCGCCUGGCAGGCCAUGCAGAAAGGGGGAAAGAGCAACGUCCGCUUCCCCAGCGACCAGAAGUGGAGCCCAGCUCUGUCAAAUCGCAGCCUGUUCUUCGCCCCGCAGAGCGCUCAGAACUAUGCUGGAGCAAAAUUCAGCGAGCCGCCCUCACCCAGUGUUCUUCCUAAGCCACCAAGCCACUGGGUACCUGUGUCUUUUCAACCUUCUGAUAAAGAAAUGAUGGCGUUUCAGCUUAAAACGUUACUUAAAGUCCAGGCUUGA